AUGGAUAUCUUGCAGGCAAUUCGUUUUAUCAUCCAAGCCUGGGGUGAGCUUAAUCCUGAAGUAGUUCGUAACUAUUUGAGAAAUGUUUCAGAAGAUAUCUGCCAAAAUGAAAACUUGGUACUUAAUGAACUCACAGAUGCACUUCGAGACCUUAAUCUCCCCUAUCCAAUGCAGGCAGAAGAGUUUCUCAACCUACCUGAAGAUAAUAUUGUUUACAAAGUUCCCGAAGAUGAUAAAAUUAUUGAAGAAUAUCUCUUCAAGAAUACUGACAAGGAGAAUAUGGAUCUAGAAGAAAUAGACGAUAGUGAUGAAAUUCCCGUUAUUAGUACUAGCACUGCAAUUGCUAGCUUAGAAACUGUGCGUAUGUUUCUGCUUCAACAGGAAAAUGCGGAAGAAUAUGUAAAGUUAGUGGGAAAAAUUGAAAAGUUUUUUAGGGUUAAAAAAACAAAUUCAUUGCGACAGACUGAUAUUAACGCAUACUUUCAUUAA